AAGCAUGCAAGUAAUAUAUCACGCAUUCAGCUCCUCUGCUUACGGUGCCAGACCGACCGAGCAAGAUCCAUUGAUCGAUAUGGAGCUGCUUCCUCUGCUCACGUGGCUCCUCCUUGCGCACGCCAUGGCCUACCUGGCCUGGAUGGCCGCCGCGCGCCGCCGGCAGUCGCGGUGCUACCUCCUGGACUACGUGUGCCACAAGCCCCGCGAAGACCGCAAGCUGUCCACGGAGGCGGCCGGCGCCGUGAUCCAGCGCAACGCGCGGCUGGGGCUGACAGACUACCGCUUCCUCCUCCGCGUCAUCGUCCGCUCCGGCAUCGGCGAGGAGACCUACGCCCCGCGCAACAUCCUGGAGGGCCGCGAGGACUCGCCCACGUUGCGGGACGCGGUGGACGAGAUGGACGCCUUCUUCGACGAGGCCAUCGCCGAGCUCUUCGCCCGGACCGACGUCGCGCCCCGCGACGUUGACGUGCUCGUCUUCAACGUCUCCAUGCUCUCCCCGGCGCCGUCCCUGUCGUCCAGGAUCGCGCGCCGCUACGGCCUGCGCGAGGACGUGGCGGCGUACAACCUCACGGGGAUGGGGUGCAGCGCGGGGCUGAUCGCGCUGGACCUGGCCCGGAACGCGCUGCGGACGCGCCCCCGCGCGCUGGCGCUCGUGGUGUCGUCCGAGUCCAUCGCGCCCAACUGGUACUCCGGCACCGACAAGUCCAUGAUGCUGGCCAACUGCCUGUUCCGCAGCGGCGGCUCCGCGGUGCUGGUCACUAACGACCCGGCCCGCCGCGGGCGCGCCAAGAUGGAGCUCAGCUGCCUCGUGCGCGCCAACAUCGGCGCCAGCGACGACGCGCACACGUGCGCGCAGCAGCGCGAGGACGCCGAGGGCCGCGUCGGGAUCAGCCUCAGCAAGGCGCUCCCCAAGGCCGCCGUGCGCGCCUUCGCCGUCAACUUGCGCCGCCUCGCGCCGCGCGUGCUCCCCGUCGCCGAGCUCGCGCGGUUCGCCGCGCGCCUCCUCGCCCGGAGGCUCUUCCCGCACCUGCAGCAGCACUCGUCGUCCGGCAAGCACAAGGGCGACACUGCGGCCCCGCCCAAGAUCAACUUCAAGGCCGGGGUGGACCACUUCUGCCUCCACCCCGGCGGCACGGCCGUCAUCGAGGCGGUGAAGCAGAGCCUGGGCCUGGAGGACGAGGACGUGGAGGCGGCGCGGAUGACGCUGCACCGGUGGGGUAACACGUCGGCGAGCAGCCUGUGGUACGUGCUGUCGUACAUGGAGGCCAAGCGCCGGCUCAAGGUCGGGGACAGGGUGCUCAUGGUCACGUUCGGGUCCGGGUUCAAGUGCAACAGCUGCGUCUGGGAGGUCACCGGCGACAUGGCCGACGACAGGGGAGCAUGGGCCGACUGCAUCCACGCCUAUCCGCCGGAGAGGCUCGCCAACCCCUACAUGGACAAGUUCGGAUGGAUCAACAACGUCGACGGCGACACCCUCAUGUUCUAACGGUACAGUACGCUCACGAUCGAGCACUAUUUCGUACAGUCGUACAAGUGAUGGUACAUAUACAUGCUACUGCAUGGCGGAACCGGUCAACCGGACAUGACGACAACGGAAGCAGCAGGUUGUUCAGAACGACAGACAGGUGAUGCAUACGUGUUAGCUAAUGCGUACUGUACGUACGUGUAUCUAUUUACCCCCCGAACAAUCGAACAUAUUCUUUCUUUUGAUUAUUUUCUACCGCAAAUGAAAAAUAUAGUUUUACUUUUUUUCUAGAACAGAGGAACCAUGUAUUUUAUAUUGUCUUUGACCUUAUCUUGUCUGCCUGUUAAAUGAUGUUGACAUGUUGUCCCUGUCCAUUCAUAAAUGUUUGCAAAAAAAUCAAGUGUAAUCCCCCCUAACUUUAAGGAAGAUGAUAUUAUCA